AUGUCUACUGGCCACAAAUCUCUUUCGCCAUCAGAUUUUGUUAAUGAUGAAAAUCAAUCGGUUGGAUCGUCUUCAUCGUCAUUUGUUCCUGUUGAACAGAAUUCAGAGAAUGCCAUUCAGAUUAUUAAUGAAAAUAAGCAAUUCAAUGAAAGUAUCUUAAAUUAUAUCGAGAAGUCUACCAGUUCGUCUGAAAUCGGUAAUAAUUAUCAUAUUAUUUCAGUUUUUGGAUCGCAAUCAACUGGUAAAUCAACUUUGUUAAAUCACCUAUUCAAUACCAACUUUGACGUUAUGGAUGAAUCAAAGCGUCAACAGACCACUAAGGGUAUCUGGAUGGCACACUCUCCUUUGGUAUCUUCAACUUCAACAAAUGGGGCUAAGCUGGAAGAAAAUAUAUUUGUUAUGGACGUUGAAGGUACAGAUGGUAGGGAAAGAGGUGAGGACCAGGAUUUCGAGAGAAAAGCAGCGUUAUUUGCGUUAUCAACAUCUGAAAUAUUGAUUAUCAAUAUAUGGGAGACCCAAGUUGGGUUAUAUCAAGGAGCAAAUAUGGGGUUGUUGAAGACUGUAUUUGAAGUCAACCUCUCUUUGUUCGGUAAGUCGAAGUUAGACAAAAAUGAUCACAAAGUCUUGUUACUAUUUGUCAUUAGAGAUCAUAUCGGAGUAACUCCAUUAGAGAAUUUGGCCGCCACAUUGACUCAAGAUUUAGUUGCAAUGUGGGAUAGUUUAAACAUUCCACCAGAGUUGUCUCACUUGCAAUUCCAAGAUUUUUUCGAUAUUUCGUUCCAUACCCUAGGCCAUAAAGUUUUGCAACCAGAAAAGUUUACUGAUGAUAUAAAACUCUUGGGAAAUAAAAUUAUUGAUACACAUGAUAGUGAUUACUUAUUCAAGAAGAAUUAUCAUCACAAUAUUCCAGUUGAUGGUUGGACUAUGUAUGCAGAAAGCUGUUGGAACCAGAUUGACAAUAAUAAAGAUUUAGAUUUGCCUACUCAACAAAUCUUGGUAGCAAAAUUCAAGUGUGACGAAAUUUUGAACCUGGUGUAUGACGAAUUCGUUUUAGGAUUUAAUGAACAUUUAUUGACAAAUGCCCCCUCAAAAUCGUCGGAUUCUGUGUCUAGUAUUGAUUAUAGUGAAUUGGGGUUAUCCUUUAUGCAAAUGAGAAAUGCUACACUCGAGAAUUUCGAAUUGGCGGCCUCUAAAUAUAACCAAUCCGUUUAUGAACAAAAAAGAGCUGCCUUAUCAUUGAAGAUUAAUAAUAAAUUUAAUGAGCUUUUUGAGAUUUAUGUCAACGACUUAGUGGAUAAAUACACCAAAUCAUUUACUGAUACAGUAUCUUUCGGAAAGAAAAAAUUACAAGGUAAUACGUUCCACGAGGGUAUUACCAAUUUGCAAGAGUCUAUCUUUCAAGAAUUUUCUCAAAAUAUAGCAUUGAUUUCUUUGAAUGGUGACUUGGAAUAUGAUAAUCAUGUAAAAGGAUUACAAUUAAAAUUGGAGCAAAUGGUUUCUAAGCAACAAAUCGUCGAACUCAAUUCGAUUAUAACUAAAUCGUUGAAAAAAUUGAAUAAUGGUUUAGGUAAGGUUAUCGUUGAGGAGUUGAAUGAUCCAAAAAGUGAGACUUGGGAUAAUAUCUUGGAAAAGUUCAAACUGUACGUGGAUAGUACGGUAUCUAAAUAUGAAGUCGGUGCAGGUGAAUAUGACUUUGGUUUAGGAACUUCAUUGCAGUCAAAUAUUGGUGCAAUAGAUAAGUUUAAAUAUAAAUCAUGGGUGAGUUUCCACGAAUUGAUUCAUAAGUAUAUUUCAAAAGAUAACGUAUUAAACCUGUUAAAGGACAGAUUUGAUGAUAAAUUUAGAUAUGAUGAAAAUGGUUUGCCAAGAUUAUAUCAAAAUGGUCAUGAAUUAGAAAACAGUUUCAAUGAAUCCAAAUCUUACGCAUUGGAUAUCUUACCAGUGUUAACUAUUGCUAAAUUGAGUGAUGGAACUGAAAUUUUGCCAGAUUAUGAUAUUUUUGAUAAGCGAUUGAGAAACCAAUACGGAGGUGCUUCAGUGGUUACUGCUGAUGACCAACAAAUCAGUAUUGAUACUGAUAGUGAAGACGAAGAAGAAGAAAAUCCAUGCUUUGCUGAAAUCUUAUCAGAAUCUGAUAAAGCCGUUAUAUUAGGUAAAUUUAAGAAAGAAAUUAACGCCAAAUUUAUCGAAACAAAGAGGUCUAUUAUUCAAAAUGUUACCCAGAUUCCUUACUACAUAUAUUUGGUUAUUUUGGUUUUAGGAUGGAACGAAUUUAUGGCCAUUAUUCGUAAUCCAUUAUUUUUCACGUUGGCAUUACUAUUAGGAGCCGGUGCAUAUGUGAUGUACCAUUUGAAUUUAUUGAAACCAGCUAGCAUAGUGGCACAAAGGAUGAUCGAUGAAUCCAUUGUGUUGGCCAAACAAAAACUAAAGGAGUUCUUACUUGACGAACCCGACACUCAUGGACAUAACUUGAACAAGAUCAGCGGUAACAAAACACCCGAAGAAGAGUCGAUCGAAUUAGAUAACUUGGAUCCUAAGUAA